GGAAACCUCUGCCCCGCCUUUCUCCAUCUCUUUAUCAGGCCUUAUCAACGCUGCUUCUUAUUAAAGAGCGACCAUAUUCCACCAUUGACCAAAUCUCCACAACACAACUCCAAUACCAAUAAACAUCAAUAUACAUCCAAUCCAAAAUCCUAACACGACAAAAAAUAAUACACCAAAACAACGCGCACACCUUAAAUACCAAACCUGUACCAAGAUGGACACCUCUCAUUCCACCAAAAAUUCCAAUCGAUUGGCCGAUUCAGCAAACCCCAAGCACCUCAAAUCAAUCAACAGAAUUAUCCGAGAUGCCGGAUUUCGCAGCAUGCCACAUUUUAUGGCUUCAUAUGGAUUGCAAUUAAAUAAUGAUGAACAUCUAGCGCAAGCAUAUGAAAUUAUUGAGAGGAUGUAUGAGAUGGACUUGACGGUAGAGAAUCUGAGGAGACUGGAGUUUAGGAGGGGUAGCGACGAAGAGAAUGUAGAGGAUAAUCGAGGUGCGGAGAGCUGGGAUGAAGAAGAUCGUAUAGUAGAAACAUGCGGUCUUGUGGAAGUGGUUGGCUAUGGGGGAGCGAAGAACUCGAAUAAAAAAGAUCCUAUAGUAGAAACAUGCGGUCUUGUGGAAGUGGUUGGUUAUGGGGGAGCGAAGAACUCGAAAAGAAAAGAUCCUAUAGUAGAAACAUGCGGUCUUGUGGAAGUGGUUGGUUAUGGGGGAGCGAAGAGCUCGGUAGAGGAAGUUAGAAAGUUCGGAAGAGAAACUGGAGAGCUUCGAAGAAGAAGAUAGUGCAGUAGAAUCGAUUGGAUUUGCGGAUUUCUACGAUGAUCAGGAUGAUUUCGAGGAUGCUUUUGAAGAUGACUUUUUCUACGAUAGCUAGUUUUGCAAUCAAGAUGACUAGCACUAUCAAAUUGACAUUUCGAUUCCUCGUUGGUUAGACAUAUGAUACCAAGAGCGCCCUUUGACAGGUUGGUGAUAGAGAAAUAAACUUUAUCUCCCCCA